AUGUUUACUCUUUUACUCUCGGCAGGAAGUGUGCCAGGAGGCUGCAGUCUGCUCCUCCUCUGUUCCCUCUUCCUGUGCAGAUGCAUCCAUUGCCAGGAGAAGACUCAUUCUCAGGCUGAGGAGAGACUCUUCAAACAUCUCUUCACUGGUUACAAUCGGUGGUCCAGACCUGUCACCAAUGCUUCAGAUGCUGUCAUUGUCAACUUUGGCCUUUCCAUCGCACAACUUAUUGACGUGGAUGAGAAAAACCAGAUGAUGACAACUAAUGUUUGGCUCAAGCAGGAAUGGUAUGAUUAUAAACUCACAUGGGAUCCUGCAGAGUUUGACAAUGUAACUUCAAUCCGUGUCCCCUCUGAAAUGAUCUGGAUUCCUGACAUUGUUCUUUACAACAAUGCAGAUGGUGAGUUUGCAGUGACACACAUGACGAAGGCUCACCUCUUCUCGACAGGCCAGGUACAGUGGGUGCCCCCUGCUAUCUACAAGAGCUCCUGCAGCAUUGACGUUACCUUCUUUCCUUUCGACCAGCAGAAUUGCAAAAUGAAGUUUGGCUCCUGGACGCAUGACAAGUCCAAGAUCGAUCUGAGGAGCAUGGGCAGGCAUGUGGACCUUAAGGACUACUGGGAAAGUGGCGAGUGGGCGAUAGUCAACACAGUGGGGGUUUAUAACAGCAAGAAGUAUGACUGUUGCUUUGAGGUGUACGUUGAUAUCACGUACUCCUUCAUUAUCAGGAGGCUCCCUCUCUUCUACACCAUUAACCUCAUCAUUCCUUGUUUACUCAUCUCCUGUUUAACCGUUUUGGUCUUCCAUUUACCAUCAGCCUGUGGAGAGAAGAUUACUCUUUGUAUCUCAGUAUUGCUGUCCCUGACUGUCUUCCUGCUGCUUAUUACAGAAAUCAUCCCCUCGACCUCGUUGGUCAUCCCUUUAAUCGGGGAAUACCUGCUCUUCACCAUGAUUUUUGUCACCCUCUCCAUUGUUAUCACUGUCUUUGUCCUCAACAUCCACCACCGCUCGCCCAACACCCACAAGAUGCCCAGAUGGGUGAAGAAGGUCUUCCUGGAUUUCAUCCCUCGCUGGCUGUUCAUGAAGAGACCGAGACCCAAAGCUGAGACGUUCACCAACCACUUCAGUCCUCUGGAGUUGAAGCUUGCGCCGUCCAAAUGCUGCCCUUCCUCAGGGGGUGAGGAGCUCCGGUUUGGCCUGCCCCCCUGCCAACCCAGGCUGGUGAGUCCUUGUGCUCUUGGCUACCCGUGUCGCCUCGAGCCCAGCAGAUCCACGGGGGAGAUGGUCAAUGGCAGCCGCCGAGCCUGGGCUAGUAACAUCACUCAGACAAGAGCCAGUCUGCCACUAUCACCCAGUAUCAUCAGGGCACUGGAAGGAGUGCAUUACAUCGCCAACCAUCUCCGAGCUGAGGAUGCCGACUUUUCAGUAAAGGAAGACUGGAAGUAUGUUGCCAUGGUGAUUGACCGGAUUUUUCUCUGGAUAUUUAUCAUCGCCUGUUUGUUGGGCACGUUUGGACUUUUCCUCCCACCCUGCCUGGCCGGAAUGAUUUGA